AUGGCAAAAAAUUAUUUAAGCGAGUCAUAUUCUUCAGUUCCAUCUAGUUUAAAGACAGCUCUGGUUACUGGGGCUUCUUCAGGAAUUGGAAAAGCCCUAGCAAGGGAAUUGUUUGUCAAAGGUUACGCCGUAUUUGCUGGUGCACGCAGAGUAGAGGAAAUGUCUGAUUUAUCAAACCUUGGAAUAACCACUGUGAGCUUAGAUGUCACGAAUAAAGAGAGCAUAGAAAAUGUUAUUAAUUUAAUUAAAGAACAAACAGGUCGACUUGAUAUUUUAUUUAACAAUGCCGGCACCUCCUGCACUUUUCCAGUGACAGAUUUAAAGCUUGAAGAUGCAAAAUCUUGCUUUGAUGUUAAUUUUUUUGGCGUUAUUCAAGUAACCCAAGCAGCAAUCCCUUUGUUGAAAGAAACUAAAGGAACUAUUGUUCAAACUGGUUCUGUGGCUGCAAUACUUCCUUUUCCUUUUGGUUCUAUUUACGCUUCAUCGAAGGCUGCUUUGCAACAGUUUUCAAAUGUACUUCGAAUAGAAUUAAAACCAUUUGAUAUUAAAGUUGUCGUUUUAACUGUUGCUGCUGUCAAUACAAAUAUUGCUGAUACAAGACCACUUCCACAAAACUCAUGGUAUUAUGAAAUUGAAGAGGGAAUCCAAUCUCGUCGUUCUAUGGCUAAAGAUAAUGCGCCUAUGGAGCCUGAUGUUUUUGCGCGAAAAGUUGUUCCUCAGAUUAUUUGUUCCAAUCCAAAGCGGACUAUCUGGAGUGGCAGGCAUGCUUGGUUACUUUGGCUUCUUUCUCUUUUUCCUCGUUUCUUUGUAGAACUUAUAUUUUACUAUAAGUUUCAACUUGCUAAACUUCAUUCAUACAAAAAUAAGAAAAACUUAUCAUUGUAA